AUGGAUGACGUUAAGGUCGAGAGUUCGAACCAACAAAGAGUAUUUCCUUGUUACAUGAGUUUGCCCACUUUCGAGAUGUGGUUAGGAGCCCUAUUUCACCCACAUGGGUUUCAACCCAAUUUCGUCUAUCGUAAGCUUGAUACGAACUGUUCUGAUGGCCCGAAGCUUAUGCCCACUCAUCUGUUGAAACUCCAAACUCCAAAGGGCAUGUUGCAUUGGGUGGUUCUUCAAUCACCAACAAUAAAAACUAUUGGUCCGGCAGAGACAAAAGAAGAAAAAGUAAAUAAAUACUUCCAAAGAAAGAAACAUCCGGCAAAUACUAUAUUGUUAAGAAACCAAGCUUUUCUUAUAUGUUGCGAAGCCAACCAGGGUGAGAUGCUAUACAAAUUUCUGGAAUCCAAAAGAUCAGAAUAUCAUUCUCUUGCACAUCCUUGGCAAGAGUUACAUGCCGCAAAAAACUACUCCAAUGUGUACAUUGGCCCUCAAGAAGGCUUGAUGCAAUUGGACAAGAUUUAUGCGUUGCCGGGGCAACCAAUUGGUGUGGAUUUUGAGCAGUAUGCAGGCUAUGUCACAGUAGACCCACAAGCGGGCAGAGCACUCUUUUAUUACUUUGCUGAGUCCCCACAAAACUCUUCGACCAAGCCAUUGGUUUUGUGGUUAAAUGGAGGACCUGGAUGUUCUUCAUUUGGGUAUGGAGCAAUGACUGAACUAGGGCCCUUCAGAGUAAACAGUGAUGGCAAAACAUUGUUCCGCAACGACUAUGCAUGGAACAACGUGGCAAAUGUAAUAUUCUUGGAAUCACCAGCAGGGGUAGGCUUUUCUUAUUCAAAUACACGAUCUGAUUAUAACCGCUCCGGAGAUAAAACUACCGCAGCUGAUGCCUAUACCUUUCUUGUCAACUGGCUUGAAAGGUUCCCACAAUACAAAUCCCGAGAUUUUUACAUUACAGGAGAGAGCUAUGCUGGUCAUUAUGUGCCUCAGCUUGCGUAUACCAUUAUGCUCAACAACAAAUACACGCAACAAACUGUCAUUAAUCUCAAAGGCAUUGCUAUCGGAAAUGCAUGGAUUGAUGAUUAUACGAACAUCAAAGGGAUCUUUGAUCAUUGGUGGACACAUGCCUUGAUCUCAGAUCAAACCAUUGAAGCCAUCCAUCAAUAUUGUGAUUUUGCAGGAGAAGUAUAUUCAGAUGAAUGUAUGUACUAUACAAAAAAGGCCUCAAAUGAGAGGGGACAAAUUGAUACCCUCAAUAUUUAUGCUCCACUUUGCCUUAAACCUUCAUCGAAGAAAGGCUCAACCGGUUCUGUCCAUGAUAAUGAUCCUUGUUCAGACUUCUACGUCGAGUCUUAUUUGAACACUCCAGAGGUGCAAAUGGCUCUCCACACAAAUAAGAUAACAUGGAGCGGCUGCAGCGAAAAAAUCACGAAAUGGAUUGAUAGUCCAACAACUAUCCUACCCAUCAUUAAGAACCUCAUGACGGAUGGCAUGAGAGUGUGGAUAUAUAGCGGAGAUCUAGAUGCUCGAGUGCCAAUUACAUCAUCCAGGUAUUCAAUAGACAGCCUCAAUCUUCCUAUCAAGACUGCUUGGCAUCCUUGGAACAUCAAUAAUGAGGUUGGAGGGUAUGUAGUUGCAUAUGAAGGGUUGACGUUAGCUACAGUUAGAGGAGCAGGGCACAUGGUUCCAAGAGAUCAACCGGAACGUGCACUCACCAUGUUUUCAUCAUUCCUUGAAGGAAGUCUCCCUCUUUCUCUGUUUAAGCACUUGGAGCCAAGCCAGUGCAUUGCUGAAUUACUUGUCCUUCAAAAAUCCCUGAAGAACCAAAAGAAAAGCGUUCAAUCUUCUCAAAUUUCAAAAACAGAAGUCAAGACUCAAGGGAAUAAAUCAGAGUCUGAUUUCCGAGUUAUCCACGCCAUAAGGCGCGAUUUGCACUCGAAUCCUCACUCGCCAAAAAUAUAUAAUCAGAUAUGUCCUCGUACCGGGAUUCUCAAGCUUUUAUAUUGUGGGUGUUUGGCAGUCCAUGAUAAUGAUCCUUGUUCAGACUUCUACGUCGAGUCUUAUUUGAAUACUCCAGAGGUGCAAAUGGCACUCCAUACAAAUAAGAUAAUAUGGAGUGGCUGCAGCGGAAAGAUCACGAAAUGGAUUGGUAGCCCAACAACUAUCCUACCCAUCAUCAAGAACCUCAUGACGGAUGGCAUGAGAGUGUGGAUAUACAGUGGAGAUGUAGACGAUGUAGUGCCAAUUACAUCAUCCAGAUAUUCAAUAGACAGCCUCAAUCUUCCCAUCAAGACUGCUUGGCAUCCAUGGAACAUCAAUAACGAGGUUGGAGGGUAUGUAGUUGCAUAUGAAGGGUUGAAAUUAGCUACAGUUAGAGGAGCAGGGCACAUGGUUCCAAGAGAUCAACCGGAACGUGCGCUCACCAUGUUUUCAUCAUUCCUUGAAGGAAGUUUCCCUCCUUCUGCACCAUGA